UCCCUCCACGGUUCUCCCGGGCCCGCCCGCGCCUGUCUGCGCCCGCCCAGGCCCUCCCGCACCCCGCUGCCUGCAGCCACCUCCGGGUUGUCUUUUAGACUGUCAGAAAAAGCGGCAGGCCGGGCCGGCGGGGCGGUGAGCACGGCCCGGGCCAGACAUGGCGGCGCUCUACGCCUGCACUAAGUGCCACCAGCGCUUCCCCUUCGAGGCGCUGUCUCAGGGGCAGCAGCUGUGCAAGGAAUGUCGGAUUGCACACCCUGUUGUGAAGUGCACCUACUGCAGGACUGAGUACCAGCAGGAGAGUAAAACCAAUACGAUAUGCAAGAAAUGUGCUCAGAAUGUACAGUUGUAUGGAACGCCCAAACCUUGUCAGUAUUGCAACAUAAUUGCGGCAUUUAUUGGCAAUAAAUGCCAACGCUGCACAAAUUCAGAGAAGAAAUAUGGACCACCAUAUUCUUGUGAACAGUGCAAACAGCAGUGUGCAUUUGACAGAAAAGAUGAUAGAAAGAAGGUAGAUGGGAAACUGCUGUGCUGGCUCUGCACACUUUCCUACAAACGUGUCCUUCAGAAGACCAAAGAGCAAAGGAAGCACCUGAGCAGCUCUUCUCGGGCCAGCCACCAGGAGAAGGAGCAGUACAGCCGCUUGAGUGGCGGCAGCCAUUAUAACAGCCAGAAAACACUUUCUACAUCUUCAAUUCAAAAUGAAAUCCCAAAGAAAAAAUCCAAGUUUGAGUCAAUCACAACCAAUGGAGAUAGCGAUGCUUCCUCUUACGAGCUGCUUUGUCCUAAUAUCCAGAGUGCCCCAUCCAUGUUGGUGCAGUGGGCUGCUUCCCAACAGCAUCGUGGGACCAGUCAUUUUCCUGUUCCUCCAGGCCCAGGCAUCCUGAACUUUUCUCCAGACCUCGCUCUGGACUCACCAGGCACUGACCACUUUGUCAUCAUCGCCCAACUGAAAGAAGAGGUGGCUACUCUGAAGAAGAUGUUACAUCAAAAGGAUCAGAUGAUUUUAGAGAAAGAGAAAAAGAUUACAGAGUUGAAGGCUGAUUUUCAGUACCAGGAAUCUCAGAUGAGGGCCAAGAUGAACCAGAUGGAAAAAACCCAUAAAGAAGUCACAGAACAAUUGCAGGCCAAAAACCGAGAGCUCCUGAAGCAAGCAGCUGCCUUGUCCAAGAGCAAGAAGUCUGAGAAGUCAGGAGCUAUAACUUCUCCAUGAUGGCCACAGGCUGCUGCCCAGCAGGGCUGAUGGCGUCACCUUGGGUUAGGCUUAGAGACCUGGCUGUUCUCUGGGAACCUCGAGCUUUCUGAAGAAAUCUCCAUUUUACUAUAGUCACCCUUCUGUGUGUGUGUGUGUGUGUGUGCGUGCGGUGGGCUGAGUGGAAACACCUGGUCGUGCUGUGUUAUGACUGCAUGCUUGAGUGUUUGUGUGUCACGCUCACCUCUUCUUUCUCUCAGUCAGCUCCUUCCACUCUUCCUCUUUCUCACCUCCCUGUCCUUGCUUCCUUUCUCUCUCUCCUUCCCUCCCCCCUCCUCCUCUCUCUCUCUCUCUGUCUGUCUCUGUUUUGGUACUAUUCUUUGUUUUUUGUGUGGUGGUCACUGCUCAGUGUUAUGUGCAGAAUGAUUUUUUUCUGUCCAUCCUUGCAUCCUGCCAUACCUGUGAGCAAAUAGUUCAGCAUUAAGUAUCUAUCACUGCCACCUCUGAACUUUGCAAAACUGCCACCUUAAGACUGGUACAAGGAGAGACGCUUUCUCUCUCCAGUAAACCUUUUGCUUCAGGGUAUACUCUUGGGGUUUUUUCCAGGUAUAUUAUGUAUGAACUUUGUACUAUGUAUAGCCAGAGUUUUAUUUAUUUUUUAAAAAAAGAAACCUUUUCUUGAUAAAGGAAAAAUGGUAGCCUAGGUAAGUUCUUCUUGUAAAAAGUGAUGCUUCUUGGGGGAAAAAGAAACAGUCCUGUACUCUAACUUUUAGUAAAAGGAUCAGAUGUUUUCUUACCUUAAAAACUGAUUGCUAAGGUGAAUUCAGUGCAUAAGUAUGGAGUUAAGUGCCUUUUGGAGGAUUUCUUGGAAGAGCAUUUAAGGAGAUACUUAAAGGAGGUUGCAAAGAUUUGAACAGUCUGUCUUUUUCAGUAAGGGCAGAAAGAAAGGUUGUCCAGGUUAUACUGGACACUUCCCUCCCCCACCCUUUUCUUAUUCUUUUACAUGAUUGGUUUUAAAUUCUCACACUGCCACUUUUUGUUUUUUAAUACCCUAUACUUACCAGUUGUCAUACUGAGCUAUUGUCAGAAAACUUCUUUUUACAUGAGCAGAUUCAAAAUAAGGUCUUUGGGCUGGGGAUAUAACUCAGUGCAAAGCCCUAGGUUGAAUCCUCAGUACUGAAAAAAAAAAAAAACCAAAAUGGAGUCUUUGAAGUGUAAAACAUUUCAGGGGUCAGUACAAGCUAUCGAAGUGUGGGUAUGGGUCUUAGUGGGAGAAGUGAUGUCACUGUACCCUCUUCCUGUUCCACCCACCCUAGUCUGUACACUUCCUGCUCUCAGUGGCAAUGUAUUGAAAACAAGAGAUGCUCAGAGGCAGGGUGCCUUCAGCCAGAGUUGGAUGUGCUCUGUUUUCUCCAGUCAAUAGGCCUAUGGAUUUGCUUCUCCAAGAAAGUGAAUACAUUUGCAUUGUUAGCUGUACUCUCAGGUCCUUAAAGGGAGGUUUCAGAAAUAAAUUAGGGAUGUAUAGUCUGUGCCAUGAAAUAGGACAGGAACAGCUAUCCCGGAGUCAUAAAGUGUUUAGAGUUAAAGGUGAUGAGCGCAGAUGACAUUGUACAUCAGUCUAUGAAAACAGUAGCAGUAAAUGUAACUUGUCAGAAGCAAAUGUUGUAUGAUUUAGGAUAACAUUUGCAUUAAGUAGAACCACACAAUAUAACAAGACAAAGAUGUGGAAGUGGAUGGCUUCCUUCUGAUGAGAGAUACCAUGGACCAUGUUUAUAUAUCACCCUAGUAGGGGAUAUAAUUUUUCCUUCUAAGCAAGGAAAACUGCAGUGCUAAAUAGUUUCUAACUUUCUUUUUCUUUUUUUUUUUUUUUUUUUUAGACAGGUCUUGCUGUGUAGUUCUGGCUGGCCUUGAACUCACUAUUAGCCCAGGCUGGCCUACAACUUGCAGCGAUCCUGCCUCAGCCUCCCAAGUGCUGGGAUUACAGGCGUGUUAUCACGCCUGGCCAGUUCUGUAAAUUUUUUUGAAUGAGAAACUUUUGGGUAAAGAUAUUUUUCAGAUGCAUUUGCAUUGGGAAAAGAUCAUGGAAAAAAUGACAGUCAUAAUUUUUUUUAAAUUUAAAAGACUGAGAAAUUCUGCUGUAUGAAGUAUGACAAUACAAAAAACACAUUUAGUUUUAUACUAAAUCUUUUUUUAAAGUCUUGGCAUUUAAUAUAAAGCAAACCCACACAUUUUCUAACUUUCUGUAAGUUCCUAAAAGGAAAAAAAGAAACCUCGGUCUUAAAAUUUGGUUUUUAAAAAUCAUGAUAGUUUACCAUAAAGCUGAGUAGCUAACUUUUGGUAACACCUUUUGUUUCUUUGUAUAUUUAUAAUAAUGGACAUUUUAAAACACAGGAAUGUUUUGGUUUGUACAGACUUUGACAAAUGUGUGUUAAUAAAAUUCAUAUUGAUAAGUGUAA